CCCAGGGCCCGCCACCAGCGCAGGGUUCGGUCCCAAUUAUGCUGCCAUCACAACCCGUCCCUGCUGCCCAUUGUAACCGUGCUGUCCCAACCCAAUUCAACCCAACCCAACCCAGUGGGCCAUGGAGACUCAGUCAUUGAGUCCAUUCAAAUUUCUGGAUGUGAAGGAAAUUAUGGGAUGUAGGGAUGUUGAGGGAAAUGGAGCUGAGGUGGAAGAUAAGCCAUGAUCUUGAAAGGUUUAAGUUUAAAUUUUAAACUUAAUCCUUUGACUUCACUAUUUGGAAUUGUUGGAGUAAAAGUGAAGGUACUGCCAUAGUGUUGCCAAGGAGGGUGUUCCAGGAUUUAAACUCUUUAAUAAUGAAGGACUGGCAAUAUGUAUCCUUGUCAGGCAUUACAUUAGGAUGGCAUGUGUGUCAACUCAUCUGCAUUAAUGCAGUUAAUUAAUUGACAACUAAGAACUACAGAACAGAUCCCUUGAAGAUGUCCUGUGGUAAAUCUGUAAUUCCAUAUGGCUUCAAGACUGUUGUGGAAACACUAGGGAAAACUGUUCUGUUGAAACAGCCUACAGAUAUACACCAAUUUGCCUCUGUCUAUUUCCAGGAAUUACUGGAGUUUAGAGCUGAUAAUCCAACUCUUGAUUUAAAAGAACUGGUGAGCUUAUUCUAUGUAAAAAAGGUAGUGAUAACUGAAGAUCCAGAGAAGAGAACAGUAUCUGAGCCUGAAGAGCUUGCUGGUGAGAAUGACCAAAAUGUAACUCUGCCAUGCAACAUGUUUGUACCCAUUGACCAGAAAGCUUGCUUCCCUAUUAAGAGCCCCUCAUCAGAACUUGCUCCUGUUAUGCAUGAGGACUUAAUGCCGAAAGGAUCACUUCCUGAUCCAAGCAUUAAUAAAUCUAACACAGAGUUCAAAAGGGAAAUUGAUGAAGAGGCAGCUGAGGAUAAACCUUGUUUUGUGUAUCUUUACACAAGUUCUACGGACCGGGAUGAAUCUGCUUUUGCUUAUAUUUGUCCAGAUGCUGCUUCAGUCAAGCAAGAAGAUAUAGGGAACAUUGAGUGUGAACCAGCUCACAUUGAAGUUGCAACACCGCAAAUGACAGAAAAAGGUGCCCACGCUAACUGCAAGCUUGUGUCUAAUGAAUUCAACAGCAUUCCAAUUUUGACUCGAAUACAACAAACCCAAGUUUACAAUAGCACAAACAGGAAAGCAUCUGUUCACAAGAGUCGAAAGACUACUCGUAAGUCAGCAUCUUUUCCAGAGACUCCUUCAGUUAAUCGUGCAUUUUCAUCAGACAUGGCAGUGAUCCAGAAACCCAUCCAUCAGAUUCAUAAAGCAGUUCCAAUUCACUCUGAGGCAGUUUCAACCUAUACUGAGAACUUUCCAGUCCUGCCCACUGACUUGUCAGUGCUGGAUAAUUACAAACAAUAUUUAAUUUCUCUUGAGAGAGAUUCGUAUCCAAUAGAAGUAGCAACAGCCAAUAAGGAAUUUGGACAGAAGAACUCACUGGCACAAAUUGUGGAUGCCACACCAGGUGACCAUAAAAAGCAUCUUGAGAAGUGUAAUUCUCGUGAAUGUUCCUUGGUUCUAGAAACUAGAAGAAUAAAAAGGGAAAUGUUAGGAAAGUCGUGUGAAAAUUUUCAGAACACUAAGAAAACAGAUGUGAAUGAGACACAUACAAAUAAGAUGGAAUAUGUAAAAGAAACUGGAGUUUAUGAAACUGUAAAUGGAAUGCAAGAUAUGGAAUCUAUAUCAACGCCUUCCCAAAGUGAUAGAUGUUCGGAAAAUGAUUUUUCUCCUCCAGCAGCUUACUGCAGUUGCAACCAGGCAUCAAAAUUAUUGGAUGUACAAAUGUUACAUUCGGAAACCCAGCAGGAAUCCCUUAACAUCAUGACUGAAGUUUUUCACAAAUUAUUUAUCCGGCUUGGUGAUCUGGAGUUUCGAGUGCAAGAUCUGAUAAGUCGCCUUGAAGACCUAACUAUUACUGUAAAUGAAAUACAUUCAGCCAUGAACAUCACAACAACAGGUGACUCAUUUCAUUAUAAGACUUCUGAUCAACAUGAGAAUUAUUUUCAAAAUUAAUUAUGAAACAUAGUUCCAUGGUCAUAUCAAUGUUAAUCCACUUGAGUUGAAGAUCAGGAUAUUAAAAAAGUUCAAUUUUCUGCAAUAAAAAUGGCUUUCUAAUUGAAUAAUGCUUUAUUAUAUUAUCCACUUUCCCUGAAGUUUAGACUUGGUAGUAUUUAAUUCAGCAGAUUGGACCUAGUCCAGAAGAAUCCUACUAAAAUAUAAAAAGAUACUUAGUGGAAUUGACAACAUGAAUGUUUCUUGCUAAGGAAAUGAAGGACCUGAGGGUCAUAGUCUCAGGAUAAAGGUGGAGCACAUAAGACCAAGUCGCGGAGGAAUUACUUCUUGGAUUAUGAAAGUGGAGUUGAGGCCAAGAUCAGAUUGGCCAUGAGCUUUCUUCAUGAGCAGGCUCCUGCUCCCAUUUCUUAUAUUAAUUGAUUCUAAAGAGAUUGGAGUCCUAAAGGGAUAAUGGGAGAGGUGAGACUGCAUUCAGUACUAAAUACUUUACUAGAUGAAUAAAUGUAUAAAUAAUCUUGAACUCUUGAUCUCCCAAUCUAUCUCGUCGUAGCCCUUGCACUUUAUUUAUCUACAGCACUGCACUUUCUCUGUAACUGUAACACUAUAUUCUGCAUUCUGUUUUCUUUCUUUACUACCUCGAUGUGGUUAUGUACGUCCUGAUCUGCCUGGAUGACAUGCAAACCAAAAGCUUUUCGCUGCAUCUUGGUACCUGUGACAAUAGUAAACAUUUUGCAGGGAUUCCUGUAAUCUAUCCCCUUCACAGGCUCUCCCCACCCACCUCCCAUUCUCGGUAGGCUUCUUCAGGUGGGGAACCACCACUGCAAAGUGGAGUGUGGAGGGGAGAGAGAUAAAUGCAGAGGUAAUGGUUCUACUGAUGACUAAUCAGUUUAAUCAGUUCAUUUGAAUUUUUAAAAAAAUUUAAAAAUAUUAAAAAUUUUAAUUCCUGUGCAUUAGGAAAGUGAAAUUGUGACAUGCAAUGAAGGUAAGAUAUCUUUAUUAGUCACAUGUAUAUCGAAACACACAGUGAAAUACAUCUUUUGCGUAGAGUGUUCUGGGGGCAGCCCGCAAGUGUCGCCACGCUUCCGGCGCCAACAUAGCACGCCCACAACUUCCUAACUCGUACGUCUUUGGAAUGUGGGAGGAAACUGGAGCACCCGGAGGAAACCCACGCAGACACGGGGAGAAUGUACAAACUCCUUGCAGACAGAGGCUGGAAUUGAACCCGGGUCACUGGCGCUGUAAUAGCGUUACUGAUAACUAUUAUAAACUGUACCCCUCAAAUCCAGUUAUUAAGCUGAUAAACUAAUAUCCAGAAACUGGGAUGGUUUGGGAAUUUUAAAUUCAAGUAAUUAAAAAUAGAGAAUCUUUAAAAAAUCUGUUAUCUGAAAUGGUGACUAUAAUCAUGCCCAGACUGUCAGGGAAGGAUGGAUGUUAUCCUUAGCUAGUCUGGUAUUUAACUCCUGACACCC